AUGCAUCAAGAGUUGUCGCCACAGAUUGAUUUUUCUUCAGUCUUCAAUCUUUCCAAUGAAACUCCUGAAGAGAAAGAUAUGAAGCGGCAAUCUGUAAUCGUGAAUCUUUUCAGUGGCAGGAAGCCAGUAUGUCUACAUUUUCCGACUACUGCUUGCACUAAAAUCUUUGAUUUGAAGCAAAUCAUCUUUAAUCGCAUGUUGAUUGAUCCUGAAGAACAACAAUUUUACACAUUGGCUGGAAAAUGGUUAAAUGAUUCUGUUCAAGUUUUUGAAUCUGACGAUGUCGAGUUCAUGACUUUAAAUCUUAAACUUCGAUUGUCCGGUGGUAAAGGUGGGUUUGGGUCGAUGCUUAGGGCACAAGGUGGUAAAAUGGCCAGUCAGAAGACAACUAAUUUUGAGGCAUGUCGUGAUUUAAACGGCAGAAGACUAAGAACUGUCAACGAGGCAAAGAGAUUGGCUGACCAUCUUGAACAAGAACCAGAGAGACGACGCGUUCGCAAAGAAAGAGUACUAAAAAAAAUUGAAGAGGGAAUGGCUGAACAUCCAACAAAAAAAAUACGCUUUGAUGAUACUGAAUAUCUUAAAGCCAGUGAAGAAAUGAAAGAGAAAAUACAUGUUGCAGUAUUUGAAGCUAUGUCGAAAAAGUCAAAUUCUACUGUUAGUAGUAGUUCUACUACUAAUAAUUCAAAAGCACUCUCAUUAUGGGAUGUCGUUGAAAGCGGUUCUGAUAGUAGCGAAGAUGAUGCAUCGGAUACUGAUAGUGGCGAUUAA